GUCGAGGGCGGGCCGCGGUGGUCCGACCGCGCGCUGCUCCUGUACGGCCCGCCGGGCUGCGGCAAGACGUCGCUCGUCGAGUGCCUCGCGGCGGAGUGGGGCCGCGGCGACCUCGUGACGGUCCACGGCGCCGAGCUCUACUCCCGGUUCUCCGUGUCCAAGUUCGGCGAGGCCAGGCGCCACUACGACCGCGCGCGGCAACUCGCGCCCGCGGUGCUCCACGUCAAGGGCCUGGACCUCGCCCUCGGCGACGUCCUCGCGCACCUCGGCGGCGCCGACCGCGACGACCGGGUCCUCGUCGUCGUCACGAACAGCGCGCCCCACGCGCUUCCCGCGGCGCCGCGGGGGCCGCGGCGGCGGCGGACGACGCGCGUCGCCGACGGCCUCGCGGCCUUCGACCAGAUGCUCCACGUGGCGCCGCCGACGCAGGCCGACCGCGCGCGGGCCAUCGCGCGCGGCGUCGCGGACCCGGCGGACGACCUGGACUUUUUGGAUCUCGCGGCGCAGAUGGACGGGUUCUCCUACCGCGCCGUCGCGGAGGCGUGCGCCGCGGCGACGCGGAGCGCGCGGCGCCGGUCGCCGAAGCGCGGCCGGCGCGUGCUGGGCGACGACUUCGACGACGUGCUCGACGCCGUGCCCAUGCUCGCGGCCGUCGCGUCCGCGGGCCUCGGGUCCGGAGCGCCGGACGCCGCGCGGCGCCAGGCCGCGGAGGGCCUCGUCUGCGACUGGGUCGACGGCGGCCUCGCCUGGCGCGCGACGACGCCCGCCGCCGAGCGC